CACUUUGCAAGAGAGAUGCAAGGUUGCGUUUAUGGCUCUGUGGCACCGCAGCGCGCAACGUGGCACAGAAUCAACCUGUUGUGGUGAAGUGAGGACGACUUUCAUCACACCCAGAUCAUGGUCACAUGUAUGGAAAUCAGUUACUUUUAAGACAACGUGUGCAUCAGUGUAACCUACAGGUGGGUCAUGUUACCAGAAGUUAGUUGUGUACACUACCACAUGUCGAUUGUGAAUGAGAAGCGUACGUGUGCGUGCGUUGUGAGAGCGCACGACAGACAUAUGCUUUGCCAGUAAUUUCCUUGGCGCCCCGAUGCGCUCAUUGGUGCGUCCCUCCAACGUGUCACCAGUUUUUGUGGAUUACCCCAGAUAUCUUCACCUGCUGGAGGGUGAAACACCACUCCUGUCUCUCAGCUCCUCUCCUCACGGUGUCCAGCUGCAACAAGAACCUUUGACACUUGGAAAACUUGUCUUGUCCAAAGAACAACUCAGGGAAGAGGGAUCUGAAGACUCAUUUGAUUUGUUCUUUUUACGCAUGACGAACACAGAGAUGCAUUUAUUUGCUUUAGGGUCAAGUAUGACGCCUUUCUCUUUCCCAUCAUUUGUCUUUUUGGCACCCUUGCUGCUGAACGCUCUCCGGAUCAGUGGCUCACCGUCCCCGAGCUGCGUUUCGUGUGGCUUGCAGGCAAUGGACAGGGACGCAGAGGAGAGGCUGAUGACAGAAAUCGCCAAGCAGCAAAUUUUGGAGAAGCUGCACCUAAAAGAGAGACCAAACAUAACUCACACGGUUCCCCGGGCGGCGCUCCUCACUGCGCUGCGCAAACUGCACUCGGGGCGCGUCAGACAGGAUGGUACUCUUGAACUAGAAAACAAUAUACCUACCAAAGAUCCAGGAUAUGAAAUAGUGAGCUUUGCAGAUAUAAGUGAGAUGGAAAGUGGUGAGGGGGCCAGCCUCACCUUCCAGUUUCUGCAGGAACGAGGCCAGAGUAUCCAAGUACUCGAGUCCUCUCUGUGGAUCUAUGUCCGCUCUUCUGAGGACCCUCACCGGGACUCCCGGCUCCCUGCCAGAGUCUUCCUUUCUGCAGUUGGAGAGGUGUCUGGUAGCAACCGUACCCUGGUGAUAGAGAAGAUGCUGGAGGUACAGGACAGCAACUGGCACACCUUCCCCAUCACACGCACCCUGCAGUCAUUCCUCGACAGUGGCCAACGCCGCCUACGGCUGGAGGUGAGCUGCGAUGAAGAUGGGAAGAAUCUUUGCUCCCUUGAUGGCACAGCUAAUUCCGCAUACCAGCCCUUCCUGGUGGCCAAGGUGCGUCUCCGGGAUGACCAUUCCAAACAUGUACUCAGGAAGCGUUCCUUGCGUUGCGGGAAUGUUGUAAGCGUGUGCUGCAAGAGAGAAUUCUACAUCAAGUUCAAGGAUAUCCAGUGGGAUGAGUGGAUCAUUGCACCUGAAGGCUACCAUAUGAACUACUGCAUAGGCCAGUGCCCCCAACAUCUGGCUGGUUCCCCUGGAAUCGCAUCCUCUUUCCAUGCCACAGUCUUCAGCCAGCUGAAAAUCAAUGGCAUCAACACAGCCACAACUUCAUGUUGUGUUCCCACUGAGCGCCGGCCACUCUCCAUGGUCUUCUUUGACUCUCAGCACAGUAUUGUCAAAAUGGACGUUCCUGACAUGAUAGUGGAAUCCUGUGGAUGCACAUAGAGGACACAGUAUGAGAGACAUGGUACUUAACAUAGAUUAGUUUUGUGUGUAUUGCAGACAGAGACUCACAGAGUGAUUCAAACACACAUCAACAGAGCAGAUGACCAAACACAAAACACUAACCCAGGUAACAUCUGACUGAUUUGACUUCAAAAUGAUAACUGCCCAUAAAGGUGUAUGUGUGAAAGAUUGAUUUCAUAACAUUGCUCCCAAAAAUAAUAGAUUUUAAAAUGCUGCGUGUGUUGUGGCUGAAUGCAGAAACAUUACAUUCAUAUGUCUAAGGCAUAAAUUACAGAAAGGAAAUAAACUAAGCAUCAAUAACACAUAAACUCAACACAGAUCAGAAAGGUGUGAUAUCAAUGUAAAACAUUUUGUAGUCAAUAUAGUUCAGGCUAGGGCUGAUUGAUGUCCUACAUAGAUUGCAGAUGUUGUUUACAUUAAGAGAUUAAUGUGAUGCCUUUAAAAUCAUGUGAAUCCUUUCUCAUAUUUUGUCAUAUAUAGUUUAUUUAUUUUGUUUUCCAAAAUUGCUGCUGGGAUUCAGUUCAAAGAUGAAAAUGUGUUAUGAUCUCGGGAAAUUUUGAACAGCAGUGACACCACUUUCAAGGCAAAUAAGAUUAUAUUAGAUAUUAUAUUUACUGUAUGUUACUGUAAGAGAUUCUAUAUGUAAAUUGUGCCUUCUUCAAAUCUAAUGACAAAGUGCGACUUUCUCUUGGAGUAUCGAGAAAUUCGAACUCACCUGAACUUUAUUCACUAGUAUAAAUGGCGGGUAAUAAAAGCAUUUGAGCAUCAUUCUCAGUUAAAAACUAUGCUAAUAUUUUGAGGGCUUUUAGCAGUUUUGUUAAAAUGUUAAAUUAAGUUCUGAGUCUAAAAUCACUCCCAAAGUUUGAGAGCAAUGAGAGCAAGCUUUAGACUGGGGUCAUAUGGGGAAACAGAAAUGUACAACUGGAAACAUAAUGAAAGCAAAAUUGGGCCGAGAAUAUUUCCUUGAAGAACGCCAUUUUCACACGAUAGGUCUCUCAUGUGAAAGCAAGUAUGUUUUUUGACAUGUCAAACAAUUCAACUGGGAUUCCGAUCAUUUUACUCUUUUUUACAUCCACCAAAAAGUUAUGAUAUGAAGCUGUUGUUAUUUCAGUGCAAGAGAACACUGAAACCGAAUUGAAUCAGUUCAAAACUACUGAAAUCUCCCCUUACCUCACCCCGAUUGCAGUUGAUGCAACAUGCAGUUUGAAAUAUGCUUAAUCAGCAUCUCCACUGUAUUAUUUACACAAGUCGGGUAAUCAGUUGGGUAACUGUGACUCUGUCAGAAUAUGACCCCAGGGUUAUUUUUCAGCAGCAUGCUCAAACAUUUAGCUAUUGCUUCAGUGUCAGGUAAUGUGAAGGUCUGUGAAGCAGUGGGAUCAAUGACCAUGGAGCCUUUAAAUGAUUCACUUCUAUUUACGCUUUUGAGCUCAUACUUAUAGAAAAUAUUUUUGAAUACUGGAAUUUAUCAUUGCAGUUCAUAGUUUUAUCUUGUAAGCACUUUCUGUCACAGGGCUCAAUGUGACAUUGAGGUGCCAUUGUACCAUAACCUACUAUGCACUUUAUCAUCCUACUGUAUUUUUAUAGCUAAUUCUAUAUGCCUGCAGAGAGCACAAUGUCAUUUCACAAUAUAUUUUUAGAUCUAAGUUGUGUUGAAAUGUGUGGUAUAGUAUAUAACUGCAGAGCAAACAGAUGAUGCAACAAUUUCUUUAUAAUGUAACUGAUGGAAAUGGAUCCAGGAUUUGAC